AUUUGGCGAAGCAAGGUUUCUUUUCUUUGUAUUUUCCUUUGUUACAUAUUUACGAAAGUUUUCCCUGCAUCCCGAGUUGUUUUGAUCUCGGAUGAACGUACAUGUUGUUUUAUGAUUAGUUAGAUGUAAAUGAACAAGCCAUUCUUCCAAAUCGCCUUGUGCCACUUCCCCACACUUGUAGCCCUAGUACGGAGUACAACAUGGUCCGAGGUCGCCCCUGCCCAGCGCCAAAGGUACUUUCCCCAACCGGAAGUGCCACGAUCGAGUCAUGUGCCUUCCCCAACGAGUUAUCUCAGCCUGACAAACCAGGCAUCCAGCGGCACGCGAUCACCCUUUGUUGAAUCUUUGAAUCAUGGGAUAAUGAAGCUCAGGAGCAUCCGCUGCACUUCAGACGGGUCACUCGCGACCUUGACAAUCCCUCCCCUUAUCCUUUCCCCGGCCAAUUGGCCUCCCUCUCCGGCAUCAUCGUUUCCCCCCCAAGAUGGACAGUCUCUAGCCUCUCCAAAACCCCCGCCCUGUUCGCUUCCCCUAGCGCUUCGUCACAGUUUCAGAGUCAGCCUUAUAUCGGGGUCUGCCGCGGACGAUCCCCUCUUUUCCGUCCUUGCUCCCUUCUCUACUCUGUAUAUAUCUACACAUCACUUCAGUAACCCACCAGCUUGGUGGUCAACUCCAGCAUGCUGGACCCUAUUCCACCUCCUCCGGAGUGGCUACGGCAGGCUGUCGAGCCUUUGGCCCUGCGUCUGCACCUCCCUGCUCUCGCCGAUCACUCUCAUGAGGUUAUCGUUACCUUCGUCGGUUACCUGCUAAUCCACUACGUCCUCUCGCCAUGGCUGUCGCCAAAGUUGUUUCCCCGUCAUUACCCUACCCUCAACAAACGUACCAAGCUCAACUGGGACGUACACGUUGUCUCACUCGUGCAGAGCACAUUCAUCUGUGCUGUCGCUCUCUGGGUGCUCUUCACAGAUGAGGAGAGGAAGUCCAUGAACUCAGGGGAACGGGUUUAUGGAUACACUGGGUCGUGUGUUCUUAUUAGUUCUCUUGCCGUGGGUUAUUUUAUCUACGACCUUAUCGUCAGCACCGUGUACGUCAAGUUAUUUGGCAUUGGCAUGCUCUUCCAUGCUAUCUCUGCUCUUUGGGUAUUCAGCUUCGGAUACAGGCCCUUUGUCAACUUUUACGCCCCAACUUUUAUUCUCUACGAGCUCUCCAGCCCCUUCCUCAAUAUUCACUGGUUCUUGGACAAGGUCAACAUGACCGGCAGCUCUUUCCAAUGGUACAACGGCAUGCUCCUCCUCUUCGUAUUCUUCUCCUGCCGUCUCAUCUGGGGCACCUGGCAGUCCGUAUAUGUCUACAUGGACAUGUUCAACGCCCUCAAGCAAACCUGGUCCGCCUCGCCUUCCGCGUCCGCAUUCACUCCCGUCGACGUUACAGCUCAGGUCUUCCAGGCUCGCAAUGACGGCUCCCUCUGCAUCAACGAGGCCUGCGUCAGGGCUAAUGCUGAGAUCUCCAAAUACUCCCAUUACACCGCUGGCGGUGUCCCAACCUGGCUUGUGCUCACCUACGUCACCUCCAACCUAAUACUUAAUGGUCUCAACUACUACUGGUUUUCCAAGAUGAUUGAGACUGUCAUGAAACGUUUCCGGGGACCCGCCGCUGGCUCCGCCAAGGAGAAACGCAACCCGCGGGAAGAAAAUAAGGAAAAUUCGGUAGAGGACCUCGCCCAAAAGGCUGUCCUUGAUGCCGCCGCAAAGCUAGGAGAAGAGGAAGGAAGCUUGUACUUGGGCGAUAACGCUUCAGUUGCCCAAUCAGCAGCUACGGGUGUGGACUCCGGCCUCACGGAGGAGCUGCGCAACAGAAGGGCUUAGAUUUGGUAUAGACCCUAAGUUGGACAUAACAAGACUGAGAAAGUUUGGAUGGCAAUACAGGUAGCGGAGUGAAGGCGUUGCCUAGCCUGGUCGUGUACUACCCGUUUGAGGAACACACCGUAGGUGAAGAUAUCAUUAUGCAAGGUUGGAGUUUUGAUUCUCGAAUAUCAAUCGUUCAUCAUUUUUCCUGGAAAGGGGUCUAGAAUAGUUCGUCAUUGCCCACUUCUCGUCAAACACCGCUUGCUCUCUCAACCUUACGACAGGCUCGUAUUGCCACUUCGACGAUAAGUUCGCUCUUGUAUUAUAUCAUGUAACGAGGAUAAAGUGCGGAAGAAAAAUGAGACAAGCCAGCAAAACACCACAGAAGCGCCUACAAAUUCGAGGUCCUAACCAACCAACCAUCUUACCCCAUUGGGUGAAACAUGAACAAUGAUAACACUAUGUCAAGUUACUGUAAACCAUAAAGCAUUCUACG